AAAAAAAUUAUUUAUUUUUGUUGUGUGGGUGGUUCUUCUUUGAUUUUUGGUAGAACCCAGUUUCUGGUUUUCUGAUUUCGAGGAUAAAAUGACAGAUUUUGUGGUAAAAGUUGAAGAUGCCAGGACUGCUGCCGAUGGAAAGCCCUCUGCAGGACCUGUGUAUAGGUGCAUUUAUGCUAAAGAUGCUCUCAUGGACUUGCCUGCUAGGCUGGAGUCUCCAUGGGACUUCUUCAGUGACUCUGUCAAGAAAAAUCCAAAAAACAACAUGCUUGGUCGCCAUCAGAUCAUUGAUAAGAAGGCAGGUUCUUAUGUGUGGAUGACAUAUGAAGAAUCCUACAAUGCAACCAAAAGAAUCGGAUCUGCUAUUCGAAAAUGCGGUGUCAAUCCUGGUGAUAAGUGUGGCAUUUAUGGCUCUAAUUCUCCAGAAUGGAUCAUGGCAAUGGAGGCUUGCAAUAGCCAAGCAAUCACUUACGUACCUCUUUAUGAUACUCUUGGUGCAAAUGCAGUGGAGUUCAUCAUUAACCAUGCUGAAUUGUCAAUAGCUUUCAUCCAAGAGAGCAAGAUAUCAGCUAUACUAACUUGCUUGCCAAGAUGUACCUCACAUCUGAAAACCAUUGUCAGCUUUGGAAAUAUUUCUAGUGAGAUAAAAAAGGAAAUUGAGCAACUCGGUGUAUCUUGCUUUUCCUGGGAAGAAUUCAGUCAAAUGGGAAAUUUGGACGACGAACUACCACAAAAAAAGAAGACAGAUGUGUGCACCAUAAUGUAUACCAGUGGGACAACAGGAGAACCAAAAGGUGUCAUUCUAAGUAACGAGGCGUUCAUGUCUGAAGUUUUAUCUGUGGAUCAACUGCUUUUGUUAACAGACAAAGCGGGUUCGCCAGAAGAUGUUUACUUUUCGUUCCUUCCGUUGGCUCAUAUAUUUGAUCAGGUCAUUGAGACAUAUUGCAUACUCAGUGGUGCUUCAAUAGGAUUCUGGCAAGGCGAUAUAAGGUUCUUAAUUGAGGAUCUUAUUGUAUUAAAACCAACUAUUUUUUGCGGGGUUCCAAGAGUUUAUGACAGGAUAUACACAGCCACAAUGGAUAAAAUACUGGCUGGUGGCAUGAUGAAGAACCUUCUCUUUCACUAUGCGUAUAACUACAAGUUGAAGAAUCUGGAAAAAGGGCUAAGGCAAGAAGAAGCAGCUCCUUUGUUUGACAAGCUGGUGUUUGACAAGAUCAAACAAGCUUUUGGGGGGCGGGUACGGCUUAUGCUAUCUGGAGCCGCCCCGUUGCCCAAACACGUGGAAGAGUUCUUGAGGGUGACAUGUUGCUGUGUCUUGUCUCAAGGAUAUGGGCUCACUGAGAGCUGUGGAGGAUGUUUGACGUCCAUAGCCAAUGUGUACCCUAUGACAGGGACAGUCGGUGUCCCAAUGACCACAAUUGAGGCAAGACUUGAAUCAGUGCCUGAGAUGGGAUACGAUGCGCUAGCCACCAUUCCCCGUGGAGAAAUAUGUUUGCGCGGAAAGACAUUGUUCUCAGGAUACCAUAAGCGCGAAGAUCUCACAAAAGAUGUUCUUGUGGAUGGAUGGUUCCAUACAGGUGAUAUCGGGGAAUGGCAGCCGAGUGGUGCAAUGAAAAUCAUUGACAGGAAAAAGAACAUAUUCAAGCUGUCUCAAGGGGAAUAUGUUGCCGUGGAGAGCCUGGAAAGCACUUAUUUAAGAUGCCCUCAUGUGGCUGCAAUUUGGGUGUACGGCAACAGUUUUGAAUCUUUCUUGGUGGCAGUCGCGAUUCCAGAGAGAAAGGCACUUGAAGAAUGGGCUGUGAGUAACCAAGAAACUGGAGACUUUGUAGAAUUGUGUCAGAACCACAAGGCACGAAAGUUCGUUCUGGACGAGCUGAACAAAACUGCUAAACAACACCAACUACGCGGCUUUGAUAUGUUAAGGGCGGUUCACUUGGAGGCGAUCCCAUUUGACAUUGAGAGGGAUCUCGUCACCCCCACCUUCAAGCUUAAAAGGCCACAACUACUUAACUAUUACAAGGAUUGCAUUGAUCAACUCUAUAAAGAAGCAAAGGCAAUGGCAUAAUAGAAACUUUGAAGUUUCAAGACUGCCUUUCAUAUGUCUCUAUGAGAACUUCUGUGCUGUUAUUAAUUACGGAGUUAAUUAAUUGCUCCUGAGACCUUUAAUUUGGUGGCAAAAGAAUGAUUAAUAGUAUAAAAUUUGCGACGUUAAUUAUAAAAUUUUGCAGAGCAAUAAUUAUAUUUUGAGCCCCGUGCGAAAAGAAAAGGCAUGGCUGUGUGGAGAAUCGUGUUCCCUGCGAAAAGAUAAGGCAUGGCUGCUAUUCCCAAAUAUGCUGGUGUAGAGUAAAUAAAAAUUGCCGUCUUGGCCGAGCAAAUCGUGGUAAGCUAUUCACAAUUAGGUCUCCUCUCUCAAUUUCGUCGGCGUCUUGGCCGAGCAAAUCGCCGGCGUCUUGGCCGAGCAAAUCGCGGUAAGCUACUCACAAUUAGGUCUCAUCUCUCAAUUUCGUCGGCGUCUUGGCCGAUCAAAUCGCCGGCGUCUUGACCGAGCAAAUCGCGGUAAGCUACUCACAAUUAGGUCUCCCCUCUCAAUUUCGUCGGUGUCUUGGCCGAGCAAAUCGCCGGUGUCUUGGCUGAGGAAAUCGCCGGCGUCUUGGCCGAGCAGGUCGUCUCCUCUCUCAAUUCCGAAUGAAGAUCUCGCAACAAUUUAUUAGGUUUGCUUUUAGCGAUUCUCUCCCGCGAUUCUCGCAUCUCACACCGGGAUUGAAUCAAAGAGGGUCAAGAGGCGAAGGUGGAUUCUAACGAUUUCUUAUCAUCAGCUUCUUGGCCAAAUAUACGGACGAACUUUCAGACACAGCAAAUGAGGCUAGGUUUUUAGUCGAUGGAUUACAACCGCCAUAGAUAACAAAGCUUGGAAUGGAGACAAAAGAGGAGAGGCAGAAGAACCGUCCUUGCACGGCUGCUCUCAUCACUCCCCUAAACUCAGGUUAGCCAUCCAUUCUUUUCUUAUACGCCUUCUUCCAAAAUUAAAUUUCUAGGGAUUAGUUUCUUCAUUUCUUUGUGUUUGAUAUUUUUUCGACAAUUUUUGCAGAUUUUUUAGAAGCAAGGAUUUUCAUCUAUUGUAACCAUUUCUUUAUUUUGUUGGAAAGAGAUUUAGUAUUCAUGUGACUAAUUAGUACUAUGGUCUUGCAAUUCAAUAUGUAAUCUCAUUGUACCCGACUACCAGUAAAUGCAUGUUGAUCUUUCUCGCAAUCAGUUUACAUCUCUUUUAUAAAUUUUGAGUUUUGUUUUUUUGGCGGUGCUGCAGGCUAAGUAACUUUGUUGCUGCGUUGCCUUCGGCGGUCGUGGCUGAAAUUCAAAGCAAGAAGACUACAAAUAUUUUCAAGAUUGGUUUUUUUCACUUUAAUAUUUGCCGCAGUUGUAGUUUUUCAAGUAUGAUUUUAUCUAGCUAAACAUGAAUUAUAUUUUGAUCUUAAUUAAAAUUGAAUCUUAAAUACAAUCUGAAUACUUAAAAAUAUUUGUAAUCUUCAAAAAAAUAGUCAAAUGAUGGAAAAAACGAAAAUAAUAUUUAUGAGCCCAACAUGCAGAUUAAAAAUGGUUCAGUGAUGGAAUAAUAUUUGUACUUAAAU